GCGGAAGCUGUUCCUAAGCAUUUGGGUAGGCGGACCGGAAGACGCUGGGAGAAGCCUGGGAUGUCCGGCACUGGUGGUGGAGAGCCCGGGAAACCGGUAGAACUUAGGAAUUAAUGACUCCCUAAUAGAACUGAGAUUCUUCUGCCUCCAGCCAUGAUCUUUCAGAUUGUAAAGGAACUAGUCUCACCAUCGAGGCAAAGAGCAGCCACAAAGAAAGACACAGAAGACCAGGAUGUAGCUUUUAAAGCUGCUCAGGAACGAGCUGAUAUAGUUGCAAAAUAUGACAGAGGCCGAGAAGGUGCAAAGAUUGAUCCUUGGGAAGAUGCUGACUUUUUACUUUAUAAAGUCACUGAUCGAUUUGGAUUUUUACACAAAGAAGAACUGCCAGUUCAUGAUGAGGUAGCACAAAAGCAAAAACUGAUUGAAAUAGAAAGAACUACGAAAUGGGUGAAAAUGAUAAAAAGCUGGGAUAGGUACAAGAACAGUGAAAAGCUUCACAGGAGGAUUUAUAAGGGUAUCCCACUUCAGCUUAGAGGGGAAGUGUGGUCUCUAAUCUUGGAUGUUCCAAAACUGAAGGGGGAGAAAAGAGAUCUUUACCUGGUCCUAAAACAAAGAGCAAGACGCUUGUCUACUGACAUCAGACAAAUUGACUUGGAUGUGAACCGAACGUUUCGAGACCACAUCAUGUUCAGAGACAGAUAUGGUGUAAAGCAACAAGCUUUGUUUCAUGUGUUGGCGGCCUAUUCACUGUAUAACACGGAAGUUGGAUACUGUCAAGGAAUGAGUCAGAUUACAGCUUUACUGCUAAUGUAUAUGAAUGAAGAAGAUGCCUUUUGGGCUCUGGUAAAACUGUUCUCAGGGCCAAAACAUGCUAUGCACGGUUUUUUUGUUCCAGGUUUCCCAAAGCUCUUGAGAUUCCAAGAGCAUCAUGACAAGAUACUGAAGAAAUUUAUGCCUAAACUUAAGCAGCAUUUUGAAACUCAGGAACUCUACACAAGUCUGUAUACCAUGAAAUGGUUUUUCCAGUGCUUCCUAGAUCGGACUCCUUUCACUCUAAACUUGAGGAUAUGGGACAUUUACAUACUUGAAGGAGAGAGGAUUCUCACCGCCAUGUCCUAUACUAUAUUAAAACUUCACAAAAGAACACUAAUUAAACAGUCAUUGGAAGAUCUCAUUGAGUUCCUGCAAGAGGAGCUAGCCAGGGAUUUUCAUUAUGAUGAUGAUUAUGUAAUUGAACAGCUCAGCUUGUCCUUGACUGAACUUAGACGAGCAAAGCUUGGCCUUCCUCCUCUGGGCAAAGAUGACGAGUUUCCAAAGAAACCGCUGGGCCAGAUUCCACCAGAGCCUCAACCUACAGUUCUAAAUCAUAUUAUGAAUGGACAAAGGACAACCCACAGGCUUCCCUCUGAAGUUAAAUCAGAUAAGGUACCUUCACCUAGUAAUCUGUUAAAAAACUCGCCAAACAAUGAAAGACAAAGGAAGAACUCCAUGGAGAAACCUAAUUUAAAAGUGGCAAAGAAAGGACAUGCUGAUUCCAGUGCAGAACAACAUAAAGUGGAAAAUGAAUAUAGGAAAUAUUCAGAUUAUUCUUUAAACCAGAAGGAUACUAAAUUAAAUAACCAUGCUGCAGCUAACAAGAAUUCAAAUGCAACACCAAAUACAUCAAAAGGUAUUACACCUUUGUGGAAGAUGCCUUCAGAAUCCAAAAAUAAGGAUCUUUUAAAAAUGGCUGAGGGUAAGGGUAAACCACCAGAUUACAAUGCAGCAGAUCAUUCAGAAUAUCAAGCUGUGAUUGUCAAACAAAAAAGUAGGUUUGUAGACAUGGUUGGUAAAAGAGGGUCGAAUGCAUCUCAGUACGAUAAUGUCCCUGGAGGGGACGAUAGUGACAAUGCUGAUGAAAAUAGACAUAGUUCUGACUCCUUUACCCCGAGAAAUACUGUUUAUUCAACAAGUACUGCAUCUCGGAAUCCCUCAAAAGGUUCCAGCCCAUCAAGAAUAUCUGAAAAUUCAGGAAAUGUCUUCAUACCACACUCUCCAUCACGUUCGGUAGAGGGUCCAGAUGAUGUAUUUACCAUAAAACAGCCACCACCUUCAUACAGCAACUCACUACUUUACACUGAAAAUUCAGUGAAUAAACCUAAUCGUGAACAAUAUUCACCCAUAAACUUGACAAGCCCUUCAAGAAGAUCUUAUGGACAAAGCUUUGAUAUACCUCCUGAUCAAAUGCCUGUAAAUCUCUCUGGACGGCAAUACAAUGUCACAUCUCCUUCUCACAGAAUAGAAGUCUUACCAACUGAUGAAAGCGCAACUCUGCAUUUAAGUAGUUAUAACCAAAAAUUAAACACCAGAUAUAUUUUACCACCAGUGGAUUAUCAUACGGACCAUACAUUCUUUCCUGAUACUGCAUUUGGAACAAUUGGGCAGCCUUUAAAUAGAGAGGUCUCUCAUAAUUUUUUAUCCAGUUUACAAAAGUCCCCAAAUUUUCCACCGUCAACAGGUCAGCACUAUAAUUUCUCUUCUGUUUCUGCUAAUAGUCCAGUGAGACUAAGGACUUCUAAUAGAGUACCACCUCCGCAAUAUGUACAUUCCAAUUCUGGAGCUACGCCUCAGCUAUUCAGAAAUCCACGUGAUGGUAUUAUAAUGCAUGGAUCUGUGAUGCUGUGAAAAACGGCACAUUAUAUGCUUUAGUGAAUCCAAAAAAUUAGCCUAUAACACAUAGUUGGCCUUACCUUACCGAGGCAGUUUAAGAUGUUGUACAUGUGGUAGCUGUUUGAAAGAUUUCAUUAUCAUUAAUGAAAAGUAGACUUCAAACAUACACCAGGUCCCUUAUAGAAGUGCUUUAAUAAACAGGGCGAAAGUGCAACUUAUGAAGUUUUAUUUAUUAUGUAAACCAAUCAGUCGGUUUUAAAUGGACCAUUAUUCAAUAUUUUCCCUCCCAGUUAAACAUUUACUAUUGUUGUUUUUCAUGCUUCUUUCAAGACAGACUCACCCCCCCCAAAAAAACAUUCUUUAUUGGUAUUUUUUCAGUCUUUACCAAAAAUGGAAACCAUAGGUUUCCUGAUCCACAAUUGACCUCCUUCCUCUAACAGUUUUGCACAGCUAGAAGUUGCAAUUUAUUACAUUGAGAUAAAUGUUUUAGCAGUAUUUAAUGAUACCAUUAGAAGGCAAGCAUUAUUCGCAGUGGAUCUGUCCAAUAUUUACAGGACUUGCGUUUAUUGACAAGUAUUGACAAGUAAAUUUGUCCCAUGUUUCCAUCUUUAACAUUGUAAAAUAUUGCUAUUUCCAUACUUUGAAAUGGAGACAGUACAACUCUUUCUUUCCCUUUGUAUUGCUGGCAAAACUUAUAUAAUAGAACAUAUAUAAUGUGACAAAUUGUGAUACAUCAAAGUAGCCUAGAACUGGGUGCAAGUAUGUGAUUGAUCCCACGCGAUGUUGUUACUUAGGCUUGCACACUGUGUUUUGACUUCAGCACUGCUUUUAGCAAACGUUCCGGUUUCAGUCAAAAAAGCCUGUUGAUUGAUUACAGUCUAAUGCACUAGAGUCUAGAGAUGGCUACAUUUGUAAAAUGCAUUUUUGUACAUAGUUGGCAUGUUUUUCAUCCUGUGAUUUUGAAAGCACUGUGCCAGCUGUGAGAUGUAGGUGUUGAGUGAAUCCCAUGCAAAAAUCAAAGGUUUUGCAAUAUUGUACAUCACACAGAAUAAUCAAAGCUGAAGGGAUGACUUACAGCAGAUAAAACUUAUCACCAAUGGUUUGUCUGAAUUUAGAUUAUCUGUGUUAACAAUAUACCCUGCCCCUAAAAUUCCAGAACAGGGUGGGUAAAUAUGUCCCUAUGCUAGUAGUGGCAAUAGUAUUUGCAUCUGCUGAUUGUUUAGCAAGAACAGCCCAUGCAAACUUCAGACACUGGUAUGUUUAAACACUGGAAGUUGGCAUAGCCUUUCAACCAGUUACGGCAGCCCUCCCUUAAAUAGCUCAGAUCAGCGAAAUAUGAAUCCAGACUGAGGGCUCUGUAGCGCUGUUGUUGCCAGAUGUUCUUAGAAUACUUUCCCCUCUACAAGCAGCCGUUUCAUUAGUAGCUUGGGUGCAUGAACCGAAUACUAGAACUUAAGAAAGGUUAUAUGCUAUGCCUCCUAUAGAGGCUUUUCUGGCAGUAACGGAGUUAAAAAGAACUCCUGUAAUGUGUCUUGUACCAAAAUCAAUCCACAGAUUUUGUUUUUUGGAACCCAACUGGCUGUAUGGAUAUUCUCCCCCCCCUGCAAUGCAGACUUGUUUUAUUCUGAUUUUCUUUUGGUCUUCAUGCAACUCCCCCGUUCAGUAAUCAUGCAUUCUCCAGUAGCAGCAUGUACCACUCACAGUGUGCCUUGGUUUCUAAUGGCUUAAUGUCUGCUGUUUAAUCAUUACGCCAUGACACCGUUUAUGAACCAAUACAUUGUGCUGCAGUGACACUAAUGGUAAAGAGAAGGCAAAUCCAUUUCAAUUGUCAGCUUUAUUCCCAAGUACCAGUUUGAGUGGGUUUUUAACAAGUUGUGAUUGACACUUAUUUUUCUUAAACAGCUCUAAAGUAGGAGUAUAAUUUUAGUAAUUUCGGCUUACACACACGCACAUGCAGGCAGCAGCAUAACAUGCCAAAGUAGGACGACACAAGCGCAGUUCUUCAAGGAAGAACAAAGUACUGUACUGUACUUACGUGCAAGAGUCCAUUUUUCCUUGCAAGUUGCCAUUUUGUUUGCGCUGCAGUAAAAUUAUGUUUGCAGAUACAUGCAAAGUAGCUCAAUUUUACUGUCUCAAUGUGUUGGAUAUGAUUUGCUCAACGUCUUUGCAUUUGUAAUACUGAGAUCUGCUCAAUAUCUAUAUCUUAACACUACACUGUAACAAAUAAUGGGAUUCAUAUUGUUCUACUUGUUGGUUCUCUGUGUUGCUGCUUAUUUCAGCCAGUUUAGAGAUACACCGUGUACACAAAGUGAAAUAUGACUGUGUUAAUUACCGUGUUACGAUCACGAGUCUGUGAUUCUUAAUCAAGCUGUAUAAUAAACAAUAUCAUAAGCAGCAAAUGCUGCUCAAAAAAUGUUUAUUAUUGCUAAAAAUUGUAGAUUUAAUGUAUAAAAUAUAUACAUAUUAUUUUCAUAUGUCAUCAGCUACAGUUUUAUAACUUUUUUUUUUAAUGUGACAAUUUUUUAACAUGUAUAAUUAACAUUAUUAAAUGUGUGGCUAUGCCUCUUAUUUUCCGGGAACAUUUUUUAAAAAAUCGUGUUGAAAAGAUAUGAAAAUGUACUUUUUUUUUUUCAAUGGCUAUAUUAAAGGACAGAUUCUGCCCCUAAUUACUUUUAUUAUUCUCAUAGCUUAGUGCUGCUUUGUGUGGCCAUCUGCCCUGUGAGACUUGAGAGAAACUGAUCAUCCCAACAGAAACAUGCAGCACACCUGUACUGGGAAAACUCAAGAGCUUAAUUCCUCCUCCGACUUAAGAUUUAUGGGGUUAUGUAAUAAAAAGCAUAACGUUUUCCCAGAAGCAGUAACAACCAAUCAGCAGGCAGCAUUUAUUGGUCACCUAUUUAAAUACAAACAUAUUAUAUAUUGCUCAUUGGUUGUUCCUAGGCAAACUAGUGCCUUCCAUUACAUAUUGGGGUUUGAAUUGUGUUAUGUGCUUUCUUUGUGCAUUAUGUAUUAUUAUCAUUCAGUCCAGUUGUACUUGUACCCCAAUGGAUUGGGCUAUGGCCUCGAAGAAACUGAAAAAAAGAGAUGGUACAGAUGGUAAAUUGGUCAGCAGAUAAAGCUCGGUCCACAAUCCUGUAACCCCAAGCCAGCUCUAGGCCUAAUUUAGAUAACUGAGUGUUAGAAAGGGAUUGGGAACUGGGGGAACCAGGCUGAGACUUAUUUAAGCAGAGGUCCAGUCAUAGGUUUGAUUCCCCUUCUAUUAUAACCCCAUAGAUUUGCAUUUUAUAAAAUGAAAACAUUUUCAUUCUCAAAGCAGUCAAAUCAAAUCUAAAAAAAUAAAAUUUGGGAAAACCCAAAAAGGCUUUGAUAAAUAUUGCUGUUUAGUUAAAAUGAAUUAACCCAUACAAUUUGUGUAGCCAAAAAAUUUAAACCAUUUUUGUCCCUAUUUUCUUAUUAUGAACCAGUUCUGCCAGAAAGCAAUUUGUGAGCAGAUUUACAUGUGAAUCACACCGGAAUAACACUGAGCACAUUUAACAGUUUGGAAAACCAACAACAAUAUGGUGGAAGGUAAUUGAAAUAGAAACAGUAAUACAACAGCACAUACCAUUGAAAACACACAUUAACAAUAGUCACAGUGCCACCGUUUCAGUAAAGCACAUAGACAUGAAUGCUCUUGCAUAUAUUCCAACAGGAAAAACCAAAAACUGGAAACAUUUUACAUUAUCUUGUUUUAUUCUACACAGAUGUCUUAAAAUGACUGGCUAAAAUAAUGACACCAUUUAUUGAAAUUGUGAGAAAUAUUUGGAUAUUUAAGCGGGUGAUUCUGCUUUUAUUUUGUAUGUAAUCGUAUGUGUCAUGAGCUGCAGGGGCCUGAAAUAUAAGAAGCGCACAUUCAACCCAUUUGAAUUGAGAUAAGUUCUUUCUCAUUAUGCUAUAAUGUGUCUGUGUGCACCACACCGAACAUGAAAAGAAGAAAGGACAAUCUCAAAGCAGGUCCAUCGCCUGAGACCUUACUUGUCCUUUUUAUCAAGAAUACGGAGACCCAUAGCACAGUAGCUGAUCUCCCUGAAAGUGGAUACAAGAAAAAAAAAAGCAACUAACGAAAGAUUGCAGAGGUUCAAUCAACUGCCAGCCCGGAGUUCACCACAUCACACUUGAACUAGCCAAAAAUCUUUGCAUGAUGUGUAUAUGCAAAUAUGAAAAAGAAUCUUUAACAGGUCUCUUGUGAUAUAAAUGAUCUGUGUUCAUUUUCAGGGUAAAAUCUUCCUUUAAGAAUAUGCAUGGUGGUAUGAAAUCAGGAGCAAAGCAUAUUGUCAGCAGAGAGAUGUAAAAAUUCCGUCUAUUGCAUUUGGAAGCCCUUGAUUUAUUUUCCAUAGAGGUUUUUAUAGAUCUGAAAGGAUAUGUUAAGUUUUGAAUGGAAUAACAGUUUAAAUCUUAGUAGUGAAAUGGGAAUUACAGGAACCUGGUUUUGUCAAAUAUAAAUUUGUAUACUCUGAGGCAGCUGUUCAGUUUAUGUACACAAAGAAUAAUGUGAUGGGUCAAACCCUUUAUAUAAAAUAUGGUAGAGUAGUAACCAUAAAUUCUGAAGGUACAGGUUGCUGAUAAUCUUAUGUUAUGGAAACCACAAAAAAAUGACAUUUUAAACAAUGGUUUUUCUUAUAGUUUCCUUUGUGCUGCAAUAUUUUGUUCUUUAUAUCCUCAGUAUCCUUUAACAAGCUGUUACUGAGAAUAGAGUAGGUGUGAAUCUGUAGUAACCCACAUACAGUUAAAAACAAAGUCUGGAUUUACAGAGCUGGUGAACUUUGGAACAAUGCAAAACACCCAUAUAGAGAGCAGCACCCAUAUCAUUUUAUACCUAGGAUUCACGGAAGACUGAAACAAAGGCUUUCUCCUUCCCAAUUUGAGUAAAAUUAAUCACCAUAUCUAAGCUUUUGACCUUGUUAGUGUGUCAGAGGAUUUUUUUUUUUACUGUAACCAAGGAAAAUAUGCAAACUGUCAAAUAUACAGUAUAUUGUUUGUGAACCUAAGAAGCAAAAGCUAGUGAUAUGCUCAAAUGUACUUUUAAGCUGUAUAAAAUAUCCAUUGACAGAUUUUUUUCUUUUGAACUGGACAAAAAAAAAAAAGGAAAAGACGGCCGUAAAGCAUGUUGCUAAACAAUAAUAAUGUCUCAAGUCUGUGUUUAAAAGGGGAAAUUCAGUUUAUUAUUUUUAUAUCUUAUAAGAUUUCUGCUAAAUGAAUCUUAUUACUUUUUCAUCUGGA